CCUCCAGGCAACAGGACACCUUUAAAACCCAUCAGAACAGCCCAGGAGAGAAGUUCCCGGGGAGACAAGUGGUGAGCUGACUCUGUCCCCUUUUCAGGUCCAGCUGCAGGGCUGGGACAUGGCAGCCAUACUGGAUUUCACAAGCUUUCUGGUGCUCCUGAGCUCAGCAUGUUGCAGAGACCCCCAGCUGGUCCAGGAGGACACGUCUCCUAUUAUCAACAUGAAGCUAGAUUCCAGGACAAGGAUGUUAACGUGGAAUUACGUGAGAAACGUGACCGAGCAGGAAUGCAGACUAGACACCCCACAGGGCUCCCCCACCAUGCAAAGUCCACGGGUCAAAGAAAACAACACCUAUUUCUGUGUAUUUUCCAACUCUGUGCUGCACAGGGGGGCCACCCUGAUGGUGAACGUGACUUCUGCUGGGACUGCAUUCCAGGAUGCCCUGAACUUUACCAACCCAGGCAAGGAAGGUUCCAGUGCUGUGAACUUCUCCUGCUUCAUUUACGACGUCCGCUUCAUGAAUUGCAGCUGGACUCCGGGCCCGGCUGCCCCUGCCGACGUCCAGUACCACCUCUACGCAUGGGCCUCCACGGACGAGGAGGAGGCCGAAUGCCCCCACUACAUCACAGACUCCACGGGGACACGCGUGGGCUGCCAUUUCGAUAAACUCGGAAAGCCCAGAAGCACAGAUAAUUACUUCUUCUUGGUGAACGGAACCAGCAGAGAGACGGCAGUCCAGUUUUUGGACUUUACUCCGUUUGUAGCUUAUAGAAUCGAAAAGUAUAACCCACCAGAAAACAUCACAGUUUAUGACAAUGGAUCACAUCACAUUAUCCAGUGGGACAAUCCCAAGAUAAGAUUUGACAUUGACAUUGCAACUCAUAUGUUGUAUUACGAACUGGACAUUCAAAAAAAGGGCAGCAACUCUAAAAUAGAUCCUAUCUUCCAACGAGGGGAGGAUAAAAAUGUGUACCUGCUGCCCAGCUCUGCCAUGAGGGCUGAGAGUACCUUUCGAGCGAGAGUGAGGUACAUGCACAACAAGCUCUGGAGUGAGUGGAGCUCGCCCCUGUGUUUCGGUGUCCUGGGACGGGGGCAGCCCGCCGCCAGGCUCACACAAACCCGAAGACAUCCUCCUGGUGGAGGAGACGCAGUGACUGGUGAGGGGCAUGCAGGGAUUAUGGGUUCAGCAUCCCCCCAGUUCCGGGCAUAUCACUUCUGUGCCCCUUUCACCCCACCUGCAAAUGGUUUCUGAUGUAACUUGCCCCCCGACCACCAAAUCCCAGCCCCACAGCCUUUACUGACUUUCCACUUCCACGCCGGGCAGCUGCGUGUCCCACCUAUGGGAGGCCACCCCGACUGCUUCUCAGGAGCCCAGCAGAGGGGGCAGGACCAUGACAGAGCCCCACACGCUCACCAUGCUGGCUGCGUGCCGCCGUGACGAGGAAGCCGCUGGAAGCAGACAAGAGCGUCCAGGGAGAGAAUCGAUGUCUCCAUAAGGGCAGAGAUUUGGAAAUGGGGACACUGCCGGCUACCUGUCGCCAGGAUACAGCUGGUGAAUGUGAUGAAACGUGCGGACGAUCGGGUUCUUAAAAAGCCCCUCUUUGGUGCAUAGGCAUAUGUGAGCCAUUCUGGAAGGGUGCCACCCAGCCGUGAGCAGGUGCAGGGCCAAUGAUGUGGGAGGAGACAGAGAAUCAUGGUUCCUGACGGGUCUGCCUCCACGUCAGGCUGUCCACCCCUCUUUGGCUGGCUCAAUCCAUUCUGUAGCUGCUUUUAAAGGCAGUGUGCCCCAGGGCAGGUGGGCUCCCCCGUGGUGUUGGUGUAAAUCAAGGUGCCACCCUCCCCUCCACACCGUCCACUUACCUAAAUGGCCAGGCACCCCACCGGCCACGGGAAGCAUGAGAUAAAUCAAAGCUUUUGGACACGGGAGAAAGUUCGUCAUACACCCCAGUUAUGGAG